AUGUUAUGUCUCCCCGAUGGAGCAGUGGGAAGAGGGUCCUUUGCGACGCUGCCCCAACGUCCAAUGGCAUCGCCAACGCCUCACUCGCUGUUAUUCAACGGAUUUUCCAUCAGUUCUCGAGGACCAAGACCUUUCAGUGGGGCGCGGAGACCGGAAGCGACGAGAGAACCCAUUGUCUUCAAGGGUCCGGAAUGGAGUCCGGUGCCCCCGCUUGGCGAAUGGAAGUUCUGCGUUGGUUGGACAUCCCGUUGGCUGUGCCUUGACGAAGACGUUGUUUCAUUCCUGGCCGAGUGA